AUUGUUCAUUUAAGCUGGGUUAUAGUUUAUUCAAUAUCUAAUUCCUUUUAGAUUAUCCACCGGUCCAUGGCAUUCAAUAGAAUAUAAACCUCGUUGCUCAGGUUGGGGUAACAACCUUAAAAGGCGCUGGUAACGGCAGAACUGAAACAGAAACGACAUAAUUAUUUCGAAUUGUAGCGAUCUAUAAAACUUGUUUUUUAUCGCAUUGUGUGGAAAUGCCAGUCAUGUUCAAGUUGACGUAUACUCGUGCACUAUGCGUUGUGACGUUUAUAAUUGCAUUUCAAAUUACCAAAGCUGCAAAAUGUACGAUUAAAGACAAUGUCUGCGAUUGUAAUAGUAUUACAGAUAUUCACGACUUGCAGUUACAUUGCAAUGGAACAACAACUUUGUUGCUGAGCAAUAAUCAACUGUCGGAGUGUGAUUGGCCAAAUGGAUUAAAUCUGGUAAACUUUACUGGAAUAACUAAUGUGACAAUAUCAGAAAAUAGACUUCAAACGAUACCGAUUGAAUUCUUACCUGCUGAUCUAGAAGUACUAGUAUUAUCUAACAACAGAAUUAGAUAUAUCCCAGGAAAUCAACUAUCAAGACUAAAGAAAUUAAAUGCUCUCGAUAUUUCAAACAAUAACAUAUUAUGCGUUCACAAUGACGCAUUUGUUGGACUUCGUAAAUUAGAAAAACUCAGCUUGAGCGGCAACAAUCUUAAUAACUUCGAAAACAUUAUUACUACGCUAAGGAACGUACCAUCGUUGAAAAUUCUGGAUUUAUCUGAGAAUCGUUUCGAAAAUGUCUUCGUACCGGAGGUCAUGAAAAGUCUUCAAACCUUAAAUCUAGCGAACAAUAUCAUAUCUGUUGUACAAAUUAGCAGUUGUACCUAUAGGUUACCGAACCUUACAAUGAUAAACUUGGAAAACAAUAAGUUGACGUGGUUUCCGAAAUCUAUUACAUAUUCACUCACUGACACGAAAAUUCUGCUAUCGAAUAAUCCGCUCCGAUGUAGUUGUGAUGUAUUGCUUCCAUUACAAAACUUCAAAGGUUUGACGUGUGUCGACGAAAAUGGCAAAAAGUACAAUAUGAACUAUAAUUUAGUAUCAGGAUGUAGUGUUGUUGCCAUGGACACACGUGAUACCACAGGAUCUGAAGGCUUAAUCAUAAAAUCUGGGAGCUUCGUCAACAAUCGAAAGUGUUCUGACAAAUUCGACUGCAGUAGAUUUGCAGAUUCAACAACAAAAAAUGAAUGUGACGAGACAACAGAAAUUUGUUGGGAUCUACCCGAAGAUGUCCGUGAGGAAAUAAGAGAUUUGGCAAUAGUGAAUGAGCGUGGUUACCUGAACUUGACUAUGGCUGGACAUUUCAACCUCUCUGGCACUUACUUUUACACAGAGUAUCAUACAUGUUAUGAGAAGCACCUGUAUUCUAUAGCUGGAAAGGUUACACACUCGAUGAAGACUUUUAGUCCUCCACAAGGAAACUGUUCCAGAGAUGGCUGCCCGGUAGCGAGUACACCUAUAUCGUGCAUUCCUGAUGAUAAUGAUCGUCUGGCUGGCUGGAAGAUUACUUUAAUAAUAGUAAUGUCAUGCGUAUUCUUUGUAUCGGUAGUUGUGACGGUGAUCAGGUGCAGAAAGAAAUCAAAACCUGAAUUUGAAAGAGAUCAAGAUAGAACUACCCGACGUGUUCCUCAUGUUGUCAUUGAUGGGUAUCUGACAAAAAUAGCUGAUGUAUCUACACGAAAGUACCCAAUCUAUGAUAGCAUUAUUCAUGCAACAAAUGCAGAAGCACAGGGGUACACAUCUGUUUAUUUGGACACAUAUGGAUAUAUGAUAAUGAAUUCCAGUCCUAAAAAUCGCUGUACUUCAAAUACUGUUGGAUAUUAUCUUAUCUGCCCUAAGAAAUCAACUACGGAAAUACUUGUUGAUGCAGAUGGAUAUUUAAGUGUAAAUCAACCGGAAGUUUAUAGUUCAGAUGACGGACACACUUGUAUAACUUUAAGAAAAGAUCAAGGCAAAUUAGGACAACUGGUAGCAGAUCCAAACAUGUACAUGAAACUUGAAGCCAGGCCUCCUAAUGAUGGCUACGUUGAACUUUCUACCACUUGGAAUCUCCUGAAAUUCUGGCUGAAUAAAGAAGAGGAGGUUCAAAAUGCACGAUGAGUAGGCCUACAUUAAUGACCAAUGACAGUAGUCAAAUUAUUACACACCUUUACUUAUUAUGCCACGUGUUUCUGUGAUUUGUCUAAGUUAAAAUUCAAGUUCGAUUUAUUUUCGAAUAAAAUAUGAAAUUUGUU